AUGGCCCAGCAGCGGCGCUCCAGUGCGCAGUCGGUCUUGCACCCGGACCGCCUGUGGUUCUGGGAGAAGGCCGUGUAUUUGGACGAGAACCAGCACGCCUGGCUGCCCAUAAUCAUGGAGGUACAGCCCAGGAAUGGUGGCCUCCAAGUCCUCAUGCGUCAAGGGGAUGCGCCCCUGGGGGAAGGAGUGUGUCCCAGCCAGGCGCCUCCAUCCCCUCUGCCUUUGUUGUGGCAGCUCUACCCUGAAGGACAAUACCGAUGCUCAGAUUCCAGUUACUGGCGCAUAGUGUACCAUGUCAAGUUCAACAACACAGAGGACAUGCUUCUUGAGCUGCUGCCAGGCUCCCGGCAGAAGUGA